AUGGUUGGACCCUUCCACUGUUUCAUUGACGUCGUCGAUUGCGCCGCUGCUGUUCUCAUCACCGGCGAGGCGAGUGUCCGAGUUCAACCCGGUGGUCGUGGGGAGGCUAGUCGAACACGUCCAGCAGCCGUUAGCCCCUCUCCGCCGAUGUCACAACCCUCCGUUUACUUUCUUCAUCGCUGCUUUCGUUUUUCUACCUUCUUCAUAUUCAUGAGCGAGGAUGCAUCUCGACUUAAUUCUCAAGGUAAUUGUUCGUAAGUUGGAUAAACAAGAGCAAGUAUCAAAAGUUUCUCUUCAUGUUAACUUUCAUGAUUCUUCCCGAACUAGUAUUUAGGUUUAUCGUUUAAUGCUUUGAGUAAUUAGUAGCACCAUGUUUAGAGUUAUUAAGCCUUUUGGAUGAUUUUGUUUUAAAUAUUGAGAAUAUUGUUAUAAGACAAGUUAAGUUUUAAUUUAAGUAAUGCUUUUGUGUUUUGCAUUUUUUUAUCUUAAUUGGGUUUUUAUUAUUUUAUAUUCCAUUAAAUUUAUAAAAAAAUGGACCUAACUUUUAAAUAUAAAUGUUUUAUGGGAAAAAAGUGUCACUCAAAACAUAAAAAUAGUUUUUAUUUUAUCAACUAUAUACUGGCAUAAAAAUAGUGCCACAAAAAUCGAAAGUGUUAUAGCGGCAUAAAAAAAAGUGCCACUAAAACACAAAUGGGCUGCAGCGACACAACAAAAAAGUGUCACUAAAAGCCUUUAGUGGCAGCGUUUCUAGUUGCACUUUUUUUUGUGCUGCUGAUUGCCUAUGGGGGCUUUAGUGACACUUUUUUGGUUUUUAGUGGCACUUUUUCUGUGCCACUAAAUGUCAUUUUAUUUGUAGUGGAAACUCAAACUAUCCAAUUUGUUGGCAAGCCAUUACACUUCAAAUUCUUACAAGGUGUGUCUAAUUCUUAUACGACUAUCUACUAUUGGUUUACAUCGUAUUCAUUUAUGUGCAUUUUAAAUUGACUUCUCUAUGUUCUAUCAAAUGAUUCAUUGUUGCUAGUUCUUGCUUUUGCACUUUAUAUGAAUGUCAUAUCUUUAUCUAGGGCACACCAUCAGUUGCUUUCCUCUUCACUACUAAUUACACCCAGGUUUUACUGAUGAUUUUCUUCAAUUAAGUUGCU